GACCUAAACCUUCAAAGCCGCCGCCCCAUUUCUUCUUUCUUCUUCCCUUCAUUCUUUUCCUUCUUCCUUCUUCUUCUUCCCUCCGCUGCUGCUUCCGCUUUCAUCUCCACCACUCACUGCUUCACCGACCGCCGUCUCUACAGCCGUCUCCGCCGUCGCUGCUCGUCCAUAGUUGCCGUCUCCACUUCACGCCCCGAUUGAGAAAAGAACAAAACCAAAAUUGGCCGAACCGCCGGUUCGAACUUCAAACCGGCGGUUUGAAAAAUCUGAACCGAAACCGGCAGUUCAAAACCAGUUGGGAAAGUCUCUGGUCGUCUUCUUCAGCCCGCUUCGUCUACUGCAGGGAAAUGUGUGAGAAAAUUCUGCCUACAAAGUUACAAGUACAGUGGCGUUGAGCAUUUUCACAUUUUGAUCUUCACGAUGAAUGGCAGUGUUGAUGAGACAGCUACGAAUUCAUGGGAGAACUGGAAAAUUAUUCACAUUCCAGAGAAACCUCCGGUUCCUCCUAAUCUGCAAAGCACUGUGGAUGUGCUUGUUUCAGCAAUCGAACCUAAGUUUGCUAAUUCUGUCAUAAGGAAGUUAAAUCAUAUAGCACCAUUAGAAGGUCUCCGCCAUGUGAAGCGCAUACGCAAGACUUGUCUUGAUGGAGCAGGGAAGUAUCAAUUAUUUGUGAUCUUAUGCCUGGCUUCUGGAACUGAGGAUGAAUCCCACUCUAUGCCGGAGGAAGUGCUGGAGCUUGUGAAUACAUAUCAAUUGAGUACUUUCGUCGCUAAAGUAAGCAGAUAUGCUGCAUCGACGAAGGAAGAAUGGGAAGAACAAUGCAAGUUGUGGCCAACUUCUUUUCAUCCACCUACUUACAAUAUUGAGGGAAUAACUGGCUUUAGUGAGGAGGAUCUGAUAUCAGUUUCCAACUUCAUGAAGCUUGCUGUUAGUAUUGCUAAAUAUGGAGCUUCACUUGUCAAUGCUGCUGUCAUUGUGGACCCUUCAACUAGACAGGUUAUUGCUAGCGCUAGUGAUCAAGGCUCGUCUGCUUUUACGAACAGUACAAGCAAGGAAUUGUGUACUUCAGAGCAUCCUGAAGCCAUUGCAAAGAUGAAUCCAUCUGAAAUGACACAAGAUCCAAUAUCUCUGUCAAAACAUUCAAAUGGUGCAGAGAAAUCCUAUACGAAUGUAUCUUGUUUGAAUCCGUGGAGAUGGCCUGAACAACAAUAUGAGAAUCUUUAUUCUUGGCACCCAUUACGACAUGCAGCCAUUGUAGCAAUUGAAAAUUCUGCUGCAAGGGAUAGGCUCCUUUUUCCUGUGAUUGAACAAAGUACAGAAUUUGCCCAAGAGGAUUGUAGGGUGUCUUCUCCAACCGGCUCUCCUUUAAAACGACAAAAGAUUAAUGCCAAUGUAACAGAUGAUGAGAACACGGACGAUUGUAGGAAUGGCAUGUGUUGUGACUCAACAAGGCCAUAUUUAUGUACAGGCUAUGACAUCUACUUUGUCUGGGAGCCGUGCGUUAUGUGUGCAAUGGCGAUUGUUCAUCAGAGAAUCAAACGUGUAUUCUAUGCUUUCCCAAACCCAAACAACGGUGCACUGGGAAGUGUUCACAGAUUGCAGGGAGAGAAGAGCCUGAAUCAUCACUAUGCUGUUUUCAGGGUCUUGAUUCCUAAAGACUUCCUUAAUAUCGAACUACCAGGAGCCUGAAUAUAUCAAUCUACUUGAAGUUCUAAAAUAUCUCAAUAUCUUUAUUACUCCAACAUUUGGAAAAUUGAACUUCUUCAAAUGUUCUAACCUUAAUUACUAUGCUGUGGUAUUGGUUUUUUAUUAUAUUAGAAUCUGGAAGUACGCCGAUACCGUGAAUCUUGUUUUUUCAGUUCCAGUUUUUACUUCCUAUAUAAGGUUGUUUCUUUGA